AUGGCGUGGGCGUCGGGCCGCCGCGGGGCGCCUGCAGGCCCGUCCGCUGCAGCGAGGCCACAGCCCUCCGCCGCGCGCAGCGCGCAGCCAGGCGCGCCCGCCCGUGGCGCUGCGCCGGCGCGGCAGCAGCAGGCAACAGUCUCCACCGACGAGGAUGGGGAGUAUACGCUGGAGAUGCGCAAUUUCCCUGGAUCUUGGGUAGCACCCGACAACUUCCAGCAGCUGGACGCCAAGAUUAAGCAUCUGCUGGAGAAGUUCGGGAAGCUGCGGGAGGCUCCCACCAUAACGGGGUCUGGUUCCAGCGUGGUGGCCAGCGCCACGUUCCUCGACAGGCAGUCGGCGGAGAGGGCCGCCCUCACCCUGCACGGCGUCGACAGCCGGACCGAGGCCGAAAAGCGCGCGGUCAACAAGCGACCACCUACGGAUCGGGAGAAGUUUGAUGUUAAGAUGGUCCAAAGAAGAAGAAAGCUACGCCCCGGCGAGAAGACUUGCAGGCUCGCGCUGUCCCCGCUGCCCAGCUCGUGGAUCGAUCAGGACAUACAGGAGAUGUGCAACGAGUACGGCGGCGUGCACAGCGUCGAGUCCGACGGCCCGUGCCGCUUCGUCGUGACGUUUGCUUCACCGGGGGCUGCCGAGAAUGCGGCGAACUCGCUGUCAGGAUUAUCGCUGGAGGAUGGCACUGGCUCUGUGUCAAGAUUGCAGUGCGAGCUGUUGCCACAGGACGAUGCCGCGCCGCCCCGCACCGCUGCGGAGCCCGCGGUCGACAGG